AAAUAUGCCGUUUUCUUACCGGAAAUGACGCCAUGACAAAUAACAACGCGCUGCGCUUUCUGAAAGGGGGAAAGCUCUCUUUACCAUGUUUUAUUUCAAAUAAUAAAUAAACAAGCUUAUUCUUUUUAGGAACAACUCGAUUAGACCGGCGUAUCCGGACAGCAUACAGCCAAAGGACGCUGUGAAUUCAGAUUUGUAGAUAUGGCAGCUUCUUUACCCCAGAAGCCGGGGAUGGCAGGGAUGCCACAGCAGCAGCAGCAGCAACAGCCACCUCACCUGCCCCCCGGUGGUGCAGGAGCUCCAGGUCAACAGCCCAUGCCCCCCCAGGGAGCCCUGAGAGAGAUCUCUCCAGUGUUCCUCUGCAGGAUCGGACAGGAGACGGUACAGGAUAUAGUCACACGCACCAUGGAGAUCUUCCAGAUUACACGAGCCACGCAGCUUCCUAACGGCGUAACUCAGAGCCAGGCCAUGUAUCAGGACCGCUUUAGUAAGCUCCAGGAACACCUCCGGCAGCUCGCCCUGCUCUUCCGAAAGCUCCGGCUCCUGUAUGAACGCUGCGUGGAGAUGACCUCUGACCUCCAAGAGGGACCAACAGAGCUUGUGCCAUAUGUUGGAGAGGAGCUGGUUUCUGCCAGAGUGGAGCCUUGUAGUCCCGCUGUCAAUCAAGAAAGGAAAGAGGUUCUGGAGAAGGUACGUCAGAAGAACCAGGAGAUGAAGGUUCUGAUGGAUCAAAUGAGGAACCUGCUGUGGGACGUCAAUGCCAUGCUGACGCUGAGGAAAUGACGGCUCCCUGUGAGGUCCUCUCCGUGCAUUCCUCCGCACGUGUACAGACUGAAUAACGGCGGGUGAAAUAAGGGAAUUUCUGUUGGAUUUUGGAUAUGGGACCAUCCACAUCCGUCUUUUUUUUUUUUUCUUUUUUUCUCUCGUGCUGUCACUGCAUCACUGAAACUCUCAAUCCAGAAGUUUUCGAGAGACAAACUAUCGAUGAGAAAAGACUUGAAGCCGAAACGAGGAUUAGCUUGUGUCUGCUUAACGCACUCCAGUUCCGAGAAGCUCUGUUUAUUCAAGGCAGCUGACGACAGACGUACGUUUGCCAAGUGCUCGGCAGCUGUUUGUGAAAUUAUGCUUAUUCAAAUAAGUUAUCAACUCCUGUUUCAUACUGUUUAAAUAAUGAGUUGAAACCUGUUUUGCCUCAGGUAAGAAUAACAACAGAAGCGUUUUAAAAACACCGUAUUCACGGUGUUCUGCCUCCAGGCACUGACUUGACACCAGACGGGCUUGAAUUCACUCCUCUUAAUUCUUCCAGAAAGCACAGAAGUUGAUCUGAUGACUGUGUUUACAAUAGGAACAAUUACCCAUAAUAUGCUAUGUCGGUUGUAAAACACUAUGGGUUCAGAAUUCAAAGUAGCCCCUUGGCAGCUAUGUAUCUCAGGUGCUUUGUACAUAAGUGUGUGUGUGUGUGCACAUGCUUAAUGAGAUUAGCUUCCUGAGUGCUAGACACCGCACCUGUUUACCCCGAGGGUGUACAGACUUGCUUGCCUGUGAAUUUAUUUUUGUAAACGGUGGGACAAAAAAGCUGGGCCUGCUGGGCCGAUUCUGUUUUUGUACGAAAUAAACUUUUUGUUAACAAAA